AUGGGUAAACUCAUACGCCUCGAGCUGCACAAUUUCAAGUCCUACAAGGGCCACCACACCCUCUUGUUUGGCGAUUCCUACUUCACUUCCAUCAUCGGGCCCAAUGGAUCCGGCAAAUCAAAUUCUAUGGACGCCAUCUCCUUCGUCCUUGGCAUCAAGUCUUCUCAUUUGCGAUCCACGCACCUGAAAGAACUCGUCUACCGAGGGCGUGUCCUGAAAACUUCAAAAAUCAACGACGAUGGUUCCGCUGAAGCAACUGCAGACGCCAGCAAUUUUGCCGAUGACGAUAAGGCGUCUCGAGGCGAUCCAAAGACCGCCUGGGUCAUGGCGGUAUACGAGGACGACGCUGGCGAAGAACAGAGGUGGAAGAGGACCAUCACGAGUGGAGGAGCCAGUGAAUACCGCAUCAACGAUCGGGUGGUUACGGCUCAGCAAUACAACGAUGCGCUGGAAACGGAAAAUAUCCUGAUCAAGGCCCGCAAUUUCCUCGUUUUCCAGGGUGAUGUCGAAGCCAUUGCUUCGCAGUCUCCGCAGGACCUUACGCGGCUCAUUGAGCAGAUCUCGGGAAGUCUGGAAUACAAAACUGAGUACGAAAAGCUCCAAGUCGAGGCAGAGCAGGCCAUCGAGAACCAAAACUUCCAGUUCCAUCGCCGCCGUGGUAUCAACUCCGAAAUCAAGCAGUAUAGGGAGCAAAAGAAGGAGGCAGACAGUUUUCAGAAGAAAACGGAGGAAAGAGAUGCGGCCAUUGUUACGCACUGCCUCUGGAAGCUAUACCAUUUUCAGAAAGCCAUGGACGAUUCAAGCGCCGCUAUUCAAGACCACCACGAAGACCUAAAAGAGAUGCGGAGAAACGUGGAAGAGUUUGAAACUCAGCUUGAGUCGGCUCGAAAGGAACAAUCUGCUGUUCAGAAACAGGUCAGCAAAGCGGAAAAGGACAUCAAGCACAAGGAAAGAAGCAUCGAAGAUAAGGAGAACGCCUUGGUUCCAUUUGACGAGAAAAUCCACGAGUCUUCGCAGCAAAUUGACAAGCUCCAAGCUCAGGCACAGAAAGUCGGCAAGGAGCUCGAGGAACAGACAGACAUUGUGCAAAAGGUCCAGAAAGAUAUCGGGAGCGUGAAAAAGGCACAGGAGCUGUUUGAAAAAGAUAUCAAGGAUCAACUGAAGAAGCAAGGCCGAGACAUUAGCGACGACGACCGGAAAGAAUACAACACGCUCCGAGCCCAAGUCUUGGCCCGCACCGGCUCCAACCAAGCAAAAUUGGAGAACCUUGAGCGACAGAGGAAAGCAGACGACGUCACUGUCAAUAGUCUCAAGGGCAAAGUGGACAGCAUCUCGGGAACCAUUGAAAAAAUGGAAGCAGAGCUGACUAGCAUCGGCGAGAGGCGAAGCGCUGCGGAUUCUGCAACCAAGGACAUUACGAAUGACAUCGCCGCCAAGAAGAAGGAGUUCAACCAGCUCCAAUCCGAGCGAGUCCGGACUAACCAAAAAAGAACCGAGCUCGAAGAGAAGCUCGAGGAUGUCGCAAGGAAGCUGAGAGAAGCCGAUGAUGGCCGCCGUCAAAACGAUCGAGAGGUACGCAUGAAAGAAAUGGUGACGACUUUGAAGCGUAUAUUCCCUGGAGUUCGAGGUCGCAUCGGAAACUUGUGCACACCGAAACAGAAGAAGUUUGACGAGGCCGUCAUUGUUGCCUUGGGAAGAGACUUUGACUCCAUAGUUGUCGAUACGGAAAAAACCGGUGUGGACUGUGUUCAGUAUUUGAAAGAACAGAGAUUUCCUCCCAUGACCUUUAUUCCGCUGGACAACAUCAAGGUCAAUGCUGUCAACACCGCAAUCAAGGGCUUCCCCGGUGCGAGACUCACCAUCGACACCAUCAACUUUGAUGCAUCGGUUGAGAGGGCCAUGUCAUACGCAUGCGGUAGCUCUGUGGUUUGUGAUACGCUUGAUAUUGCUAAGCACAUUUGCUACGACAAGAAAAUUCCCGUCAAGGCUGUGACGGUGGAAGGAUACAUCAUCCAUAAAGCUGGCUUGAUGACAGGAGGUCGCGGUCCUGAACCUAAGGGUGGAAAGCGCAAGUUUGAAGAAGCCGACGUCCAGAAUCUCCAGCGCAUGGCAGCCAAGUUGAAGAGCGAGAUCGAUCGCCUUCCUAAGGCGGAUCGUCGGGGAACACAGGAGGAAUCUCUCCACAUCGAGCUCAAUGGACUUGAACGGCAGCUAGUGGCUACUAGGGACGAGCUGGCGGCCUUGAACAAGAACUGGACGAGCAAGAAGCGCGAACUGGACAGCCAAAAGAAGCAGCUCCAGGAACUGCAGCCCAAGUACGAGCAGCAAACAUUGCAACUGAACCGUACAAAGGAGACGGUCCAAGAGUUUAGGGACGCCAUUGCGCGCGUGGAGGAUGAAAUCUUUGACGGGUUCUGCAGGAAACUUGGAUACAGCGACAUUCGCGCGUACGAAGCUUCUCAGGGUAAACUGGAACAGGAGAUUUCUGAGAAGCGCAACCAAUACGAGGUUCAGAGGCAGAGACUGGAAAGUCGACUCAAGUGGGAAGUCACACGCCAUAGUGACACGGAAGCACGUAUCAAGAGGAUACAGGAUCAGGUCCGACGUCUCAAGCAAGAUAUGAGGACAUACAACAAGGAAAAGGCCGAAAUCGAAGAGUCGAUGCGCGAGGACCAGGACGAGCUGGAAGCUCUUGGAGAGGCUUUGGAAGAAAUGAAGGCGGAGCAGUUGGAAAAGAACCAAAAGGUCAACGAGGCGCGAGCCGAGCUACAAAAACAUAGCAAGGACAUCGAAGCCUGCCAGCGAGAGAUUAACGCCCUGGAAACCACCGUGCAGAAGAACAGCGCAGGCAAAUCUGCACUCUUGCGAAGAUGCAGGCUCGAACAGAUCCAAAUUCCGUUGGCAGGAGGCGCUCUAGACAACCUGCCGACAGAGGAUGAUUUACUGCGACAAGAUCCGGACGCCAUGGACGUUGAUGGCGGAGAAGAUAUGAUGGAUAUUGCUCUGGAUGAUCAUGGCAUCGAAAUCGAUUUCGAUGGUCUGGAGGAAGACUUGAAAGAGUCGGGCGAGCCGAGUGUCGAGGACACGUUGACAGAGAAGAUUUCGUCCCUCGCAGCAGAGCUGGAGAAGCUGAAUCCCAACAUGAGAGCCAUGGAACGACUAGAAAGCGUCGAGACGAGGCUCAAACAGACGGACCAAGAAUACGAAGACUCGAAAUCAACGGCCCACAAGGCGAAGGAAGCCUUCAACAGCGUCAAGCAGAAGAGAUACGAGCUGUUCAACAAGGCCUUUACUCACAUCCAGGAGCAGAUAUCCAACGUCUACAAGGAUCUCACGCGAUCAGAUGCUUACCCGCUGGGUGGUCAGGCCUAUCUAGACAUUGAAGAGGACACAGACAUGCCCUAUUUGUCAGGUAUCAAGUACCAUGCCAUGCCGCCGCUCAAGAGAUUCCGAGACAUGGAGCAUUUGUCUGGUGGUGAAAAGACCAUGGCAGCACUGGCGCUGCUCUUCGCCAUCCACAGCUACCAGCCAAGUCCUUUCUUUGUCUUGGACGAAGUUGACGCGGCAUUGGACAAUGCCAAUGUGGACAAGAUCAAGAAGUAUAUCCGGGAACACGCGGGCCCUGGCAUGCAGUUCAUCGUCAUCAGUUUGAAGGCCGGUCUUUUCCAAGACAGCGAGAGUCUUGUCGGCGUAUAUCGUGACCAGGAGGUGAACAGCUCCCGAACGCUAACAUUGGAUGUAAGUCAUUUGAUAACCGCCACUUUUACUUUUGGUGUGCAGCAAAGCUAA